UCCGCCUCCUACUCGCAUACCUACGCCGUGAGACAAAAUGUCGGAAGGCCUACCUAGUUAAGAAAAAAAAACAAUACAUGCUUGGGGUUCUACAAGGUUUCUAAUGGCAUUUAUGCAGGCCUUGAAUUAAUUAAGUACUAUACAUGGUUUUUACAUUAAGGUUUUUAAAUCGAGACUUCUCUAAAAUAUACUCACUUCGGAUCGAAAGAUGUUCCUGAUUUUCGUCGUGACCGUCCUUAUGGCAACAGGCUCCACCAUGGCCAUCUCUGUCCAGUGUCCUGUCAAGAGGUACGUGGUCAUCCUGUUCCAGCCGGUCACGCUCACCUGCAACUUCCAGACGUCUUCCACGCAGCCGCCUGUCAUCACUUGGAGGUACAAGUCCUACUGCAGGGACCCCAUCCAGGCAGCCCUGAACCCCAGCAGCGCUGACAACAUCCUGUCCCAGAACAACCCUAACUACAACGCCAACAUUGAGUGUGCCGACAACAUGCGGACAGUGCGCAUCGUGGCCUCCAAGCAGGGCAGUGCUGUCACUCUGGGCGACGAGUACCAGGGGCGAAAAGUCAGCAUCUUGAACAACGCAGACCUGAACCUUGCCCAGACGGCAUGGGGAGACAGCGGCGUGUACGUGUGCUCUGUGGUGUCUUCUCAAGACCUGACAGGGAACAGCGAGGACUACACUGAGCUCAUAGUGCUGGACUGGUUGUUGGUAGUACUGGUAGUGUUUGGCUUCCUGCUGCUGUUGCUCCUCAUAGCAAUCUGUUGGUGCCAGUGCUGCCCCCACACCUGCUGCUGCUACAUCCGCUGCCCCUGCUGCCCAGAGAAAUGCUGCUGCCCUCGGGCACUGUACGAAGCAGGCAAGGCGGUGAAGUCAGGCAUCCCCAGCAACUACGCCCCCACGCUCUACGCUCCCAGCAUGUACGCCCAGCCACCCUACGGAGAGGUCAUGCAACAGCCCGGCAUACCCAUGCUGCCCUUACCCCAGGGAAUGGGCGGCCCCCCACUACACCCCAACGGCUACGGACGGGACUACGACGGAGCCAGCUCGGUUGGACAUGGCUCCCAGGUGCCUUUGCUGCAUGACCAGGACAGUGGUGCAGGAGACCAAACUCGGAGUGGCUACCGUAUCCAGGUGGACCCAGAUGGGAAUGCAACGCGGGCCAUCUACUACAUGGAGAGACAGCUAGCCAACCUGGAUCCCACCCGGUCUGGUGACGCCGCUGGGAAUUACAACCGCUUGGAUGGGGGGAUGAGCGAGGUGAGCUCCUUACACGAUGACCCACGGGGCCGUGGCGGUGGACGCUCCCAGGCCCCGCCCCUCGCCACCGUGUACGACCAGGACGAGGCCAUGAGCACCAUCAGCAGCGUGUCCACACACGGCCAGCGGGGGCGUGACGACUACCCGCGGCGAGGAGGUGGGCCCUCCCCCCACAUGGGGGCCCACGGGCGGGCCCGCUCCAUGGACAACCUAGAUGACAUCGCCCGCCGAGACCGCUACCCCAGAGACCCCCGGGAUCCCCGUGACAACUACCCUCCCCACCGCCGCGACGGAGGAGGAGCCAGAGAAAGGAGAGGCUCGGAUGAUGACUUAAGCAGCCGCGGCGGCUACGACCGCGGCCGUGACUUUGACGACCGCAGACGGCGCGACCCCUCCCCUGACGACCGCCGCCGCGGAGGCAGCCCGGCCAGUGGUCUCCAGGGGAGACGCAGCCGUAGCCGUGACGACCUGAUGGACAUCGAACGUGAUCGGGAGCGCGGUGGCGGCCGUGGUGGUGGGCGGGACGCCUACGAUGAUAGCUUUCUGAGGGAAGCCAUGGAGAAGAAGCGUCUAGGCGAGCAGCAGAGGGCGAGGAGCCGCGAGCGCCUGGACAGCAACAGCGAACGCUCGGACCGAGGCAGGGCCCCCCGCGGACCCCCUCCACUUCCCAUGUCCCCGCCUUCCAACUACCCCGACCGUCGCUACGACGACAGCUACCCAGCCCCUCACCCGCCUCCCUACAUUAGCGAUGACGAGAGCUUGACGUCCUCCAAGAAGAGCAACCUACGCAAGAAUGGAGCCGUGAGUCGGGAGAUCCUGGUGGUGUGAGACGUUCAGUAUCCCCCAGCGUAACUGAUCUGUCCUGUAACACAAUUACUAGUCGUCUAUGUCAAUAGUACUAAUGUUGCAAACUUGAUACCGUGAUUUUAUUUUCAAUACCUAAACUCAGAUAUCAAAAUUUUAUGCUGGAUAUUUAUGUACAAAUGACCUUAUUGGGGAUAAUUUAGUAAUUGUGUGCUUCAUAUUUACUGAAAACUUUGUCAGCCUUAUGUCCUCUCAAUUAUUUUUAAUGUACAGAAUAGCUCUAACUGAAGCACUAAGUGUAGUGUAUGGUUGAACAUACCAAGGCUUAAUUAAAGUAGCCUACACUGGAAUUGCAAUAGCCAAAGAAAACCAAAAAUGGUUUUCAUUCACUCUUUUUCACCAUUCAUUUUCACCUUACAGUCAUCUUACAGUCAAUGUGAGUAACCCGGAGCUUUAAGAUUGUAAAGCAAGUAUUAAUUUGAACUUUUAAUUAUUUACUGUGAGAAGUCAUGGAUUUUUAAAAUGAAAAUUAGAUCAUGCUGUACAUUUAAAAUGGAAUAGAUUUUAUUAGGGCGGGAGGUAGCCUAGCGGUUAAGAGCGUUGGCCAACUAACCGAAAGGUCGCUGGUUCAAAUCGCCAAGCCAACUAAGUAAAACAUCUGCCGAUGUGCCCUUGAGCAAGGCAUUUAACCCUAAUUGCUCUGGAUAAGAGCCUCUACUAAAUGACUAAAAUCAAAUAAUAGCCAUGUUAUUUUUACAUUGUUUAUUUAGAAUUUUGGAUUAGUUUUAACUGUCUGUCCAGCAAUGAUAUUUGUCAUGAAUAAUGUCAGCCAUAGGCAGAUUAUAUUUGUUCAUUUAAAAAAAAUGUUUUUAUUGCUAUGAAAAAUGUACUCACUGCAUUCUUGUACAGUCUACUUGUCAUACCCACUGUCCGUACUGUGUUGACUGUGAUUUACAACAAGCGUAAUUUUACAAUAAAGCUUUUUCAAAAUG